GUUAUAAUAGAAGACAAGAGUAUAUUUUUCUUUAAAAUUGAUAUUUCAUUUUCUUUCUGGUAUCCCUCUUGACCAGUAAAUCAAUAAAUAAGUAAAUAUGAAAAUUGAAAAAUGCUGCAAGUGAGAAAGAUAGUUUGUAAAUAGUCAGGGCUCAGUGCUUCUCCUGUUACGCAUCAUGAAUUGGGACCCAUCAGGCUCUAGGAUUGGUGCCGACAGUAGUCGUCGGCACCACCGGUUCUACAGCAAUGGAAGCCAAGGGGAAUCCAGCUGUUUUGGCAGCGGUAAUGAAACAGUUCGCCGUGAGAAUGUGCUGCUAAAAGUAAUCAACAGGCAGCAUUCUGGAUACUUCAACACGGGUCUGAACAAACGGUCACAUCAGGUUGCUUUUCGGGAGGUUCCACCACAUUUGACUUUUUGUCUGAAAGAGAUCGUUCCAUGUUGCUAUUUGAAAGGUCACGUAUUCAUGGGUCUAUCUGGAUGCGGCCAAUUUCUGCUCAGCUACAAAGUGGCAUACGAUUAUGACGAUGAGCUGACGCAUGAAUACAAUUUUUCAUCUAGUUAUAAAUAUGAAUUAUACUUUUGGAUUUACCGACCGCAUUUCUUGCUGAGCAAGUAUUUUCAAGUAUGUCUUUUUGAUGACCAUGGUGUGGAUGGUAUCAAGACCGUGACAAUAACCCAAUGGAAAACCGACCAGCAGCUUUUGAUCGUUCACGGUGCCAGCGAGAAGGAGGAUUUUGAUUCUUACGUUACUGUGGUCCGGGUGCCAAAACUAGGUUGUUUGGAUUGUAAGAAGAUACGAGAUGCCGACGAGGAAGAAGGCAGCCGUCAGGAUAUUCUUUGUAUUAAGUGUAACAUGACAAUUCACACAAAAUAUCGCAAUUCGGACUCUGGGCCAAAGUUCAAUCCUCGUUUUAAUUUGAAUUGUCCGGGUUAUAUUAUCAUGAGCGAAAAUAGCUUUAUCCACACCAUUAAUAUUCACCUUGAAAUGGAGCGCUGCUUGCAGAAAAGGCCAUUGGGAGUGAUCAGUAGCAAAUAUAUUUCCAAGCGGCAACCAGACAAACAAGCCAGUGAACUACCGGUGACAACAGUUUCGUCCAGUCUGGAAGUUUGUACUGCAAAGUUGCCGACAGCAUCAAAACCAUCUUUCAGUGGCACUUUACCGAAGCCACCAGCUGCGCAGGAAGCAACUCUCAGCAUCGCCGACCAGAUUAUUGCCGAUUUUGCUGAAUAUGAGACUGAAUCUUUCGAAUUUAAUCGCUGUUCGCAACCGCUCUCCCCGAGGUAUCGUACCGCCAGUAGAUUGUCUUCAAAUGCGUCGCAUUCUUCGGUCACUUACUAUCCGGAGAAUUUUGACGAACUUGUUAUAACCUGUGAUCGCCGCACAACCACCGGAACUGGAGGACUUCGAACUUCCAUGAUUACGCGAGGAGCUGCUGCACGACUUGAAUCCCUUUCACCCUCAUCCAAUGUUCGGCUAAUCAACCAUCGCAAUCAUACCAACGUAGAGCUAAGACUUAUUUCUCCGGAAUCUGGUGGACAUAAAUCAGUAGUCACCCGACUAGAUCUGCAAGCCGGUCCUUCAUCUGCUGGUGCUUCCAUGCGCAUCGUCGAUGCCAAAAACAAUGCUCAAGCCCAAUCUUUUUCUGCCAAUACAAAGCAGGAAGCGAGUGGGUCAUCUUCUAGUUCCUCUUUAUCGUCUUCCGGAAGAACUCCGCUACGAAGACGAUCAUAUCUCUCUACUAGAGUGACUGAAUCUAAUGUUCCUAUCAAUAGUAAUGGACCGGUCGGGGAAACCGUUCCCACCGAUGUCGCAUCAAGGGCCUAUGAAUUUUCCGAAGACAACGAACGCUGUGAAAAAAUUAGUACCUUUCGAAAGCGCCGUUUGGCAGAUAAAAAGUACGAGUUUUCCGAGGACAGUAGCCAUGGUGAUAAUGUGAUAGUUCCCUUCAACAGGCUACGUAGCCAAAUUCGCACACGAUCAGCUAGUCAAAAUUUGCUGUGUAGCCCUUCGCAUCCAGUUGGAUACGAAAUGGCAACGCACUUGCAUCGAGCAUCUCCGAAUCAUGGCUUUCGGUCACCUUGUGGUUCUCCGGUUGGGAAUCGCUAUCUUCGCUCGCCACCGGGAAUAAGAUCGCCCAACUAUUAUCGUCAUCAUUCUCCGGUAGCAACACCGACGACUGCUGGGACACCUAACCGUCAACCAACUGCUGUUCAGCUGAUUAAAAUGCCAAACUUUGAUCCCAAGGAUUACAUCUACACUAGUAGCGGUAUUGGUACCAACUUGGGUGACGAGAUUCCCAAGUUUUUUAUCGAUGCCAUUCAUAAGUUCAACGAAAAAAAGCUGCAAUCGGACGGCAACGAUGAAAACGUCAAUUCGAACAAUCUCCUGCCUCCGAAACUUUGUCCCCAGCAAGAGCUGAAACCGGAAAAGCCAGCUUGCUCGAAGAAGAUCGUUAAGAUCUACGUCGAGGAGGAUGACGCAAACUCGGUGCUAACGACCGAAGAUGACGACUGUAUUUCCCCGGGUUACCACGCUUCCCUGCCGAUGGAGGUGCACGGAUCCUGCUACUCGAACAUGCAGAUCAUCACGCCGGCUUCGUUCAGUAAACUAAACUGCCCGGCUGUUGUGGUUACUCAGAACUCGUUUGAUCUGGAGACAUUUUCGUUCCACGUGGCCAACCAUAUCUGCGCGAAGAACGGAAAGAAGUACGGAAUUCUUUUCGAUUCGGCAUACGAGCUAACACAUGUUUGUCCAUUGACUGAGACUAUUACCUGCACCAUGGUAUUGCAGUUCACCGCUAGCGACGCGAACAAAUUGAAACAGUGCCACAACUGUUCCACCUCUAUCGACUGUCACACUCAUCGGAAGAUCUAUCAGUGCCGGUCGCUGUUCGUCUGGAAUAUGAGUAACGGUGAGUGGCAUGUUUUGGACUACGGUACACUCGCUGCAGGCCCCUAUCUGGAAAUUAAGAAGCUUGCAUCUAAUUAUGGUCGUUUACUCGGAAAGUUGCGUAAGUUCACUCGGAAGUUGUUCGUGUCAUCAUCGGACGAACGUGAAACACUUCGGACGUACGAUUACCUAAAUCACCUGCGAAUACUGGAUUCAAACAACGAGAAAACCAAACAGCGACUAACUGAUUUGGGACACGCAAUCGAGUUCUAUAGGAAGCAGCUGCAUGAUCCGGGCGAUAGCGAUGAUAGUGACGAUGACGACGACGACGAUGAUGAUGAUGAAGACGAAGAAGAUGAUAACGAUUCUGUCAGCUCCGUUGGGUCAUACAGAAACGAUGAUGAUGCGAACACAGUAGCGGGCGAUGCGCACACUCCCGACACGGUUAGUGAAGAGGAUGAUAUUUAAAUAUGGACUGCUGGGGAUCAAUCCCACUACUUUAGCUAGGAAUACGUUUUUUAAAUAAUACCUUUGGAAUUGUACAGUGAUAUUCAAUGUGCGUUCAGAAUUGUGUAUUUCUCGCUCAGUACUCAGCCUGUACUGAGCAUGCAUGCAAUGUUGCCGAAUAGUUUAAGAAAGGUAUAAAGUGAUUAGUGGUGAUUCAACAAAGGAUCAACCAAUUUGAGGAUUGUGUAGAAAAGAUUGAUAAUGCGUUACUUCCGUACAGAUAUUUGCAUGUAGUACGAAAGAUUAGAUCACCAUGUUUGCACUGAAUGGAAAACAUACGGAUUAAUUCUCUAUUGCGUAACAAGCAACAUUCUAUUUCUCUACACAACACAAUGUGACUAUAAAUCUCUGUGACUUUCCCGAAAUAUGCAGAAUGAAGCAGGCUAUUAUAGAAACUAAGCAAACAAGGAUUUUAGAAGCAGGCCCUAACGAGUAUUCGUUCUUUCACUCACAUUAGGAUUGC